GGAGUUGGGAAUGGUGUGGUUAUCGAAGCCUUUCUUCAGUCAGUACUUACUAUCACUCGGCAAGAAGAGCAGGAAAUUCCCUGGCGGAUUAACGCAGCCGGGGAAAGUAGGAAAUACAUGCUAGCCAGCUAUAUGAAUAACAAGGGAAGACAAACGAUCCGUACAUAUCGCUCACGUCACCUCGGACUUUGCCUGCAAGACGAACGGUGGAGAUCCACAAAGCCGGCUGUACCGUAUGGUUGAUAGGAGCCCAGCCCCCCACACGCCUCACUGGCCUGGCGCAACGAGAGCUGGCUAGCUUGUUGCUGUACCACUGUCCAGGUCUUUCGGAUUCCAGAUUUGUUAUUAACCUUUGUGAAACAUGUAUAGUUUUGAAUAGUUUUCGAGUUUUACAUUGUUUUUAUUUACCAUUAGUUCCGUGAAUAACUUGCUGGGGUUCGUAUUUUGUGGUGGUAACAUAAACGUGUAAGCUCUCUCGCUAACGGAAUAAGCGGUGCGCUAGCCUAACGUUAACGAUAUACGCGUCGUUUUAUACCAGCACCGUAGCAGGGAAACUGGUAACUGUGUAGAGUUGCAAUUGCUUGUGCUACGACUAGCCAAUACAUACAUAUAGAAGUGUUGGCCCAUUUGCUGGACGGUUGUGGCAGGUUUUUGGAAUUAUUUGUUUAGAAGGCUAGUGGACGAUUGAACAACAGAGAUCAGUCACAUAUUCUUUGCCGCGUAAUCGCAUUUAGUUUGCCAAGUACAAAAGGACAUUUCAUUCAAGAGAAUACCUAAACUACUUCACAACCUAUUGAUUAUCACAUGUGCUCAAAGACGAUCAGCAUCAGACUCGACAACAGUGAAAACUGUAGAAGAGUGCAUAAUUGAAUAGUUUUAUUGGAGAUCUCUUAGUCCAUUCCAAUCUUGGGGCUUCGUCUUGAUCGUAAGUGUUCUUUGCUGCCCCUUUUAGUCUAAAUUAUACGGAGUUUACUGUUAUAUGAGUUUCCAUGUAACGAUCACCCCCUCGUUUGGAUUGGAGCACGUCACUGGAUGCCCUGAGCAGAGGCAAGUGGAGUUCUCUGUGGAUUUAUGUGAUUUAUCAGGAUUUUUGCCCUUAUCUGUGGAUAAAAAGAUCUGGGAUUUGUUCGUCGCGGUGGUCAGCACUGCACCAGUCUCCCUUCCCCCCCUCUCCCAUCACCUCUCUCCCCGCUUCCUACUCUGAUGCGGAGGCCCUGAGUAUCACCGGCAACCCUUUUCAAACGGCGGCCGGACAUGCUCAAGUGUAUUCCCUUGUUGCGCUGCAACCGCCACGUCGAGUCGGUGGACAAGCGGCAUUGCUCCCUUCACACUGUCCCCGAUGAGAUAUACCGCUACAGCCGCAGUCUGGAGGAGUUGCUACUCGACGCCAAUCAACUUCGUGAGCUUCCCAAGCCCUUCUUCAGACUGCUGAACCUGCGUAAGCUGGGACUGAGUGAUAAUGAGAUUCAGAGGCUGCCUCCGGAAGUGGCCAACUUUAUGCAGCUUGUGGAGCUGGACAUCUCCAGAAAUGACAUUCCUGAAAUCCCGGAGAGCAUUAAGUUCUGUAAAGCAUUGGAGAUUGCGGACUUCAGUGGAAACCCCCUCUCCAGGUUGCCUGAUGGUUUUACUCAGCUCCAAGGGCUUGCCCACCUCGCACUCAAUGACGUGUCACUGCAGGCUCUCCCCAACGACAUAGGAAACUUGGCUAACCUGGUAACUCUGGAGCUGAGGGAGAACCUGCUGAAGACCUUGCCCACCUCUCUGUCCUUUCUGGUCAAACUGGAGCAGCUUGAUUUGGGUAGUAAUCAACUGGAAGUGUUGCCGGACACUCUCGGGGCACUCCCUAACCUCCGAGAGCUGUGGCUGGACAGGAACCAGUUGUCAUCGUUACCAGCGGAGUUGGGAAGCCUGAAGCGGUUGGUGUGUCUGGAUGUGUCGGAGAACCGUUUGGCGAAGCUGCCGGAUGAACUCGGGGGUCUUAUCGCCCUCACCGACCUGCUGCUCUCACAGAACGUUCUGGAAGUGGUGCCAGACUGCAUUGGCUCCCUGAAACAGCUGUCUAUCCUCAAAGUGGACCAGAACCGGCUGGUGCAUCUGAGCGAUGCCGUCGGAGAGUGUGAGAACCUAACUGAGCUCAUGCUAACUGAGAACCUCCUGCAGUCUCUCCCUCGUUCUCUGGGCAAACUGAAGAAACUGACCAAUCUGAAUGCGGACCGGAACCGUUUGAGCGGCGUCCCGGCUGAGCUGGGAGGCUGCUCCAGCCUAAACGUGCUAUCCCUGCGGGACAACCGCGUCGGCAAACUGCCCUCCGAACUCGCCAACGCCACCGAGCUCCACGUCCUGGACGUGGCGGGAAACAGGCUGCAGAACCUGCCAUUCUCAUUGGCCAAUCUGAACCUGAAGGCCAUGUGGUUGGCAGAGAACCAGUCUCAGCCCAUGCUGAAGUUCCAGACUGAGGAUGACGAGCAGACGGGCGAGAAGGUUCUCACCUGUUACCUUCUGCCCCAGCAGCCCACACCCAGUCUGGGUGAGUCACGCCUCCUCUCCUGUGUCUCUGUAGAGAACCUGUUGCAGAGCAGCGUUGACGAGAGCUGGACAGACAGUAACCUGAACCGCGUGUCAGUCAUACAGUUCCAGGAGGAGGCCAAACCCGAGGACGAGGAUGAUGAGACUCAGGGUCUGCAGCGGAGAGCCACGCCCCACCCCAGCGAGCUGAAAGAGAUGAAGAAAGUGAUCGAGGAGAGGAGGAACGAGGCGUACACGUCCAAACCCGACGGAGAGCUGGAAUCUCCCGAUUCAGAGGAGAAACGGCUCAGUGGGAUGUCCAGUCAGAGUCAUGACUCCCAGGCAUCCAAUAGCACUGCCUCAGCUAACUCUCAGGAGGAUAGGCGGGACUUGACCAACGCAGGGGAGGAGCUUGUUGAUGGACACGCACAGGAAGAGGAGGAGCUUGAUGAGAUGGAGGUAGAGUACAUUGAGCCCACGGUGCACUUUGCGGAAGAGCCAAUCAUCCGCGGCGGCGACGAAGAUGAGGAUGAGGAUGGAGAGGAUGACGACGACGGCGAACACAGCGAGGAGGAGCCCCCUCCCUUCCCCCCCGAAAAACAGCGUCUGAUUCGCAAGGACACGCCGCACUACAAAAAGCACUUCAAAAUCACCAAGCUGCCCAAACCAGAGACUGUGGCCGCCCUCCUCCAAGGCUUCAGCCCGGGGGGUCUUACCCCGCAGACUGCCGAGGAGGACAGGGACGGUAGGGAGGAGGAGGAGGAUGACGAGGAGGAGGAGGAAGAGGGUGUGUCCGUGUGCACUCCUCUCCUGAACCGGCUGGAGGCCGCGGAGCUAGAAGACAGCCGGCUCAGCCAAGUCAACUCCUCCCUGCAGCCGGUGAAGGGGGUGUCAUUUGAUCAAGUCAAUAAUCUGCUGAUUGAGCCUGCUCGAAUUGAGGAGGAAGAGCUCACUCUCACCAUCCUGAGACAGACCGGAGGCCUGGGCAUCAGCAUCGCCGGAGGAAAAGGGUCGACGCCUUACAAGGGCGAUGAUGAGGGCAUCUUCAUCUCCAGAGUGUCAGAGGAGGGUCCCGCUGCACGAGCUGGGGUCAAAGUUGGAGACAAACUGCUGGAGGUUAACGGGGUGGACUUACAUGGGGCUGAGCAUCACACCGCUGUGGAAGCCUUGCGUAGUUCUGGCACGUCUGUCUCCAUGACGGUCCUGCGAGAGAGAAUGGUAGAACCGGAGAACGCCAUCACCACCACGCCUCUGCGGCCGGAGGACGACUACUUCCCUCGGGAGCGGCGGAGCAGCGGCCUGCCCUUCAACGUGGAGCCCUGCUCUCCGGCCGGGACAGGGAACCGCCAGCGCCUGGCCACCUGCCUCAUCCGCAACGACAAGGGCCUGGGCUUCAGCAUCGCCGGGGGGAAAGGAUCAACACCCUACCGCACGGGAGACACAGGGAUCUUCAUCUCGCGCAUUGCGGAGGGAGGAGCGGCACACAGGGAUAACAUCUUACAAGUGGGAGACAGGGUCAUAUCUAUUAAUGGGGUAGACAUGACAGAGGCCAGACAUGAUCAGGCAGUAGCGCUGCUUACAGGCACCGCCCCCACCAUCACCCUCCUGGUGGAGCGCGACCAGAACGAGAACGCGGGGGGGUCGCCCCGAACGCGCGCUCACUCGCCCCCGCCCCCGGAACCCUCCACCUCGCCCGACCAGGACGAGGCGGGCGACGAGAACCUCUCGCCCCACGCAAACCACCUCAGCUGCACCAUGGAGGAUGAAUACCCCAUUGAGGAAGUGACUUUGGUGAAGGCGGGUGGCCCUCUCGGUCUGAGCAUCGUCGGUGGCAGUGAUCACGCCAGCCACCCGUUCGGCGUCACUGAGCCGGGCGUCUUCAUCUCCAAGGUCAUCCCUCAGGGUUUGGCAUGUCGGAGCGGCUUGCGUGUCGGCGAUCGUAUCCUAGAGGUGAACUCCAUCGACCUGCGGCACGCUACACACCAGGAGGCAGUCAGAGCUCUGCUUUCCAAUAAACAAGAGAUCCGCAUGUUAGUGCGCAGGGACCCCUCGCCGCCCGGCAUGCAGGAGAUAGUCAUUCACAAACAGCCUGGAGAGAAACUAGGCAUCAGCAUCAGGGGAGGAGCCAAAGGUCACGCGGGCAACCCAUUCGACCCCACUGACGAGGGCAUCUUUAUCUCCAAGGUGAGCUCCUCUGGUGCCGCGGCCCGUGACGGGCGCCUGAGGGUGGGUAUGCGUAUUCUGGAAGUGGGCAACCACAGCCUGCUGGGUAUGACACACACAGAGGCUGUUAGGGUACUGCGGUCCGCGGGCGACUCCCUGGUCAUGCUCGUGUGUGACGGUUUCGACCCGCGCCAAGCCGCCAGCAUUGAAGCGUCUCCAGGAGUUAUCGCUAAUCCAUUCGCUGCUGGGAUCGUGAGGAAAAACAGCAUGGAGAGCAUCUCGUCGAUAGACAGAGACCUGAGUCCUGAGGAGAUGGACAUCCUACAGAAGGAGGUGGAGAUGGCGAGGGAAACAUCGCAGUGGGAGCGAGAGGAGAUGGAGAAAGUGAACAUGAGCACUGGUCCUCUGAAACUGGACUACAAGACGCUGGCCGCCUUGCCCACCACAAGCCUACAGAAGGUCAACAGGGCUCCAUCUACUGAAUCUCCAAGGAUCGAUAGCCCAGUUCGCGAGACCCACUCUCCCAGCUCACAGCCAGCCAGCAUUCGUUUCACCUCUAAUUUGACCGCCAAGGACAAUUCAACAACCAAGCCGGGCGCCAUCCAGCCUCUCUCUCGAGUCAGGCCCAACACAUCAUCGCCAUCAACGAAUCAGGAUGGCCACAGCAGUCCCAACCCCUUCCAGCAUGGCCCCUCCCCCAUCAACUCUCAGACCACUCCUCGUGCUCCAUCCCCUGACACGUUUGAAGAGUUCCCCGUCAAUAUCAAGCAGGCAUAUAGGGCCUUCGCCGCUGUGCCCCAUUCCCUGGCUGUGCUGGACCCCCCAAAGGAUCUGUACAGUCAGAGGAAUAACAUCCACCCCAAACAGCCGUCACCUGAGGUGUGUCCAUCCCUCCUUAAUGAAGUGUUUGAGGAUGAGGUGGAGGGUGGCGGAGGGGGCGGAGCUCAACCCGCCGCCCAUGUCUCUCCCCGCCCUUCUCUCUCCUCUGACCGCAGAGAAUACAUGAGCCUGGCAGCCGUGCCACGCCUCUCUCGCCAGUCAUUGGACAUGCAGACGCCCACGUCCCACGGGAGAAACAGUCCAGAGCAGCGCUCCUUCAGAGACCGACAGAAAUAUUUCGAGAUCGACGUGAAACAGCAGAUACCAGACAGUAAGCCCAAACCUCGCGUGUCCCUAGUUGGAGAGGACGACCUGAAGAAGAUGAGGGAGGAGGAAGCGAGGCGGAUUGAGCAGCGAGCACGCGAGUUCCUGCUGGAUGAGGAUGAAGAAGACGAAGAGGAGGAUUUGGCAAAGCAAAUGGCGGUGAUGAAGGCCCAGGGGAAGGUGCUGCUGGACGGGGUGGAGUACAAAGUGGAGAGCAUCAACAGCCCUAGGCAGUGUGUCACACCACCAAGCUACAGUGCCACGCCCCCCAGCUCAGGGCCUUCCUCUGUAGACGGUAAAGGAGACUCUCAGAGGAAUUCGAUGGAGGAGUCCUUCAGGCUGGAGCAAAGACCCAACUCAAUGACAGGUCUAAUCCCGGCCUACCCCGGGGAUUCUGGCCCGCCCAUCCGAACGGCCAAAGCCGAACGCAGACAGCAAGAGCGUCUGCGCAUGCAGAGCCCCGAGCUGGCGGUGGCUACAGACAAGGAACUGUCACCUGCUGAAAAACGUGCCCUGGAGGCAGAGAAGAGAGCCAUGUGGAGGGCAGCCAGGCCUUAUGGUCUAGAGGAGGACGUUAGGCAGUAUGAACAAGAACUGGCCAAGCGGCUCUACCAAUCCCGUGUGAGGGCGUCACUAGGCAACGCUGCGGCCCCUCCCACUACCUGCUCCUCUUCCUGUCAGCCCAGGAUGAAGUCCCUGGAGCAGGACGCCCUGAAGGCUCAGAUGGUCAUCGCUAAAUCUCGCGAGGGGAAGAAACGAGGCACGAUGGACCAGCUGGCGGAGUCCCCCUCUCCCGCCCCAACUCCCUCACCCACCCCAGUGGAAGACGUCAGUCCCAGAGCUGUGACCUCCCCUGGCAGACUGUCCCUGUCAGAAAAGAAGUUUGACUACCGACAAUUUGCUGCCAUUCCUUCUUCCAAACCUGUAUACGACAUUCAGUCUCCUGAUGUGAUAGACGACAUCCGUUAUGCGGAUGAUGGCUCUAGCAACCCAGUUCCUGCUGUAGAACCCGAGUCUGAGGUCCCGUCAGUGUCAGCUACCUCUGCUCUGGAAGAGAUGGCUCUCUACAGCAACAAACGCAAGCUCCGCCAGGGUCGUCGCAGCCUGGAGACAGCUGUGCCCACAUAACCACACACACACACGCACGCACAUCCACACCCACGCACACACACACACACACUCUAGCUGUAGUGAGGUGUUCUAUGUAAUGAGACAUACAAGAGAGACAUUCGAAACAUACACACACUGGACUCUGUGAGAUGCGCGUUUUCAUUUACACACACACGCACACACGUUCCAGCUACUCAAGCAACAGUGCCGACCAUCACAACGCAGAGGAGGGGGGG